GUAUGUGGAGACAUAGGCCCAAAUUUGAGUGAGAGUAAGAAGUGUAAGGCCCACUAAGCCCAUUAUCGCCGUUUUCCUCUGAACCUUCCUUUCCUCUUCAUUCUUCUUCUGCACUCACUCAUCUACAAGUUUCUUUGAAGGUUCCUUCAUCUUGUACUUUGUACUUGCUCAAUUUUGACUAUGGCCUAUGAUAUUGAUGAGAUCAAGAAGAUUGGCAUAGGGCUAAUUGGUUUCGGCAUCUUCUUCACGUUUCUUGGCAUAGUUCUCUUCUUUGACCGUGGUUUGCUUGCUCUAGGAAAUAUAUUUUGGUUGGCAGGAGUAGCAAUUUUACUUGGUUGGCGCUCCAUGUGGUCACUCUUCACUAACAGAGAAAACUAUAAGGGUUCUGCAUCAUUUGUUCUAGGCCUCUUUCUCAUUUUUGUGAGGUGGCCAAUACUUGGUAUAAUAAUUGAAAUAUACGGUUGUGUUUUUCUCUUCAGUGGUUUUUGGUCGUCUGUCAAAGUGUUUCUCUACCAUAUCCCAGUUGUUGGAUGGAUUAUACGGUUUAUUGCACCUCCUUGAUUAUUACAGAAAGAGAUUCGAUUGUUGCUUCCUAGUCUAUGGUUAAAAAGGGGGUUUGGUUACUUUGCUAUCGAUAACUUCUCUGAAAUUUGUCUUCAAAUGUAUAUGUUGAUGCUUCAAAGCUCAUAACAUCCUUAUUUCAAUCAUUGUAAACAAGAACAGAGAAUUACUAGAAUAGAAGUCGAUUAUGUUGUUCAGAUGUCUACCAAAAUUAAAGGGCGCUUCUGAUGUGGACUAUACAUGUUUGAGUUACGUUGUACAUUGUGUUUCCGGUGAAAACCACACUUGAGUUUCAACAAAACAAUGCGAUUAUGUGUGUUUUGGCCAGUAUUUGGGGUUGACAGUUAAAUGUCAUGUUAAAACUUAGUUUUUUUUUUCUGAGUA